UUCCGAUUAUUAGAACUUUCGUCUACUUCUUCGUAUCUGAACGGCAAGCUCCACAUUCUAGUAGAGCUUCUAGUGCCAGUGCCUGCACUCUGUCUCCUAAGUCCAAUUUAUCUCUUUGUGCUUACUCCGCAUUUUAGCACAUCUCUACCUUUCGUCGAGUAUCAACAGAUCACGAAUCGUGUAACCACUACAACUAGUAUCUACAGUAGUACUUGUAUUAGUGUCCAUAACUGUUCAACAAAUUCAAACUGUGCUCAUCAAUAUUGAAUUUGAUCUGGAACGUCGUUAUCAUCCAAUCUCGAUCGCUUCUCCACUCAUCGACAACCUGAGAAUCUCAUCUUUCGUCCAGAUUUUUUCCUCUGUUCUUAAUCUCAAAGAUAAAGACAUAGAAAAGAAGAAUUGUCAUAUAAAGACUAGACUCUAAGAUAUCAGACUAGAGUAUAAAGCUCUUGAAAUCACCGUCUGUCAGAUAGUUUUCUACAUAGUUUAUAUUACUGUGUCGUUAUCUUUCGCAAGUGAGAAUCUCACAGAACAACACACCGCUUUUCAGACUACCAUCGAAGAAAAUUUUACUUUCUAUAAGAGAAGACCAAUUGACCAAGGAUUACCAAACCAAGCAUUUUAUAUUUGCUACAAUUUUGACGAUUCAUAAGAGUUCCCAACAUUGCAGUAGCAUAUAGAUAUCCAUAAUGCCCGUCUACUCCAUCUCCCAUGUUGAGAAUGUCCGGGUGUGUGUGGUGAUGGUGGGAUUACCUGCUAGAGGCAAGUCGCUCAUAGCCCAGAAGAUCGUUCGGUAUCUUCUGUGGCUUUCUAUUAACUCAAAGUGUUUCAAUGUAGGUUCGUACCGUAGAGAAAUAGCUACGGACACAGUAGUAGAUGCUGAGUUUUUCGAUCCUAAGAACGAGGUUGGAAUGAAUUACAGACAGGAAGCUAUUACCCGGGCCACUACGGACAUGAUGAAAUGGUUUCUGGACGAUAAUGGCGUAGUCGGCAUCCUUGAUGCAACCAAUUCCACCAGAGACAGACGGGACAAGAUCUUGAAGCUCUGCAGAGAAAACAGUAUAGAACCGAUGUUUUUGGAGAGUUUCUGUGAUGACCAAGACUUGAUAAUGCAGAACAUCUUGGAUGUUAAGACGACAUCGCCAGACUAUCUCAACCGUAACAACGAAUUUGCUGCUGAAGACUUCUUGAAGAGAAUAAAGUUCUAUGAACAAGUAUAUGAGACUAUGGACCAGAAAGCUGAUGCAGAUCUCACAUUCAUCAAGUUGGUCAAUGUUAACUCGCAGAUCAUUCUCAAUCGUAUUGAAAGUUACUUGGAAAGCCGUAUAGUUUACUACGUCAUGAAUUUGCACAUUAAGCCUAGAAGCAUCUGGUUGUCAAGACAUGGUGAGUCUGAAUACAACUUGACAGGUCAGAUUGGUGGCGACUCUAAUCUUUCUGAACGAGGUUGGAGAUACGCCAAACGGUUACCGGAGUUGGUGUUGAAAUCUCUUGGUGAGGAAAACAAGCAUACCAACUUGACGGUGUGGACUUCAACUUUGAAGAGAACCCAGCAAACAUCGUCUUUCUUGCCCUACAAGAGAAAGUUGCAAUGGAAGGCUUUAGACGAGCUUGACGCUGGAGAAUGUGACGGCAUGACCUACGAAGAAAUCGAGAAGACAUUCCCAGAAGACUUCAAAGCCAGAGAUGACGACAAAUACGAAUAUAGAUAUAGAGGAGGUGAGUCGUAUCGUGACAUCGUUAUCCGUCUCGAGCCAAUCAUCAUGGAGUUGGAACGACAGGAGAAUAUUCUCAUAAUCACCCACCAGGCGGUGCUACGGUGUCUCUAUGCAUAUUUCAUGAACGUUCCCCAAGAGGAAAGUCCGUGGAUGUCGAUUCCAUUGCAUACUUUGAUCAAAUUGGAGCCUCGGGCCUAUCUGACUCUCGUAAGUAGAAUCAAGGCUGAUAUUCCUGCUGUCAGUACGUACAAGGAGAAGGGAACAUCGCAAUUGGGAGAGUUGGAAACGGGAACGGCUUCCAAGAGCAGAGAUCUCAUCAGAGACAGCGAGUUGGCUAAAUAGCCGUAUUAUUUUUUUGGAUUCAGUCCGUAUAUUUAUCGAGAUAAUCUUUUGUCAUAUAGAUCGCAUAGUUUGUACAUAUGAUACCAUGAGAUUGC